AUGAUCCAAGGCUUUUUUGACCGCUGUGGUGGCAUCCUCGCCGACGACAUGGGCCUCGGGAAGACGCUGAUGACUUUGUGCUUCCUGAGCUAUCUCAAGGUGAAGGAGCGCGUUCCGGGGCCGGCCCUGGUGGUCGUGCCUUUGAGCUGCGCUGGGAAUUGGCUGCGCGAGGCGAGGAAGUUCGUCCCGCACCUCUCGAUUGCAAAGGUUUGCGGCAACGUGAAAGAGAAGUCCCUGAGUUUGGACGACAACGAGAUCUGGUUCGGGAUGAAGGACAUCAUCGUUACGACCUACGAGACAGCGGCAAAUAUCGAGAACUACUUCGGGCGGAUGUUCUGGAAGGCCGUCAUCUUGGACGAGGCGCAUCGUGCAAAGAACUCUGCGAGCCGAAUCCGGGAGGCCUUGGAAGAGACUCACAGCGCGUGCCGAAUUCUGCUGACCGGCACGCCGCUCCAGAACAACUUGAAAGAGCUCCACGCUCUGCUGAAGUUCCUUUGGCCGGACGUGCUGGCGAAGCAGUCCGAGGCGACGGAGCAUGGGUCUCCUAAGCCGUGCUAA